UCUCCCAAGAGAAGUCUGUGGAUUUAAAGGUAAAAGAGAAUAUUGAUUCUAGAUAGGUAGACAUCAGGAGGGACAAGGAGUCACAAAUUAAAUGUUGGAUUCAUGACUCUAUAGAAAAAUGAUCAAUUCUAUUAAAUUAUAUCUUUUAAUUAAAAAUAAGUAUUUGAAUAGCAGGGGGGAGAGAGAGAGAGAGAUACACACAUACACUCAGAGAAAGAGAGGCAUACAGAAAGAGACAGAGAGAUAGGGAUCUGUCCUUUAUCUGCUUGUUCACGUCCAAGAUGGCUUCUAGCCAAGGUCAAUUAGGAUGCAAGUGGGAGCCAGGAACUCCAUUCAGGUUACCACGAGGCUGGCUGGGUUCCUCAGCAAUUAUUUCAUUAUUUGCUGCUUCCCUAGGUGUUAACAGAAAGGUGGAUUUGAAGGGGAGCAGCUGGGACUCGAAUAGCACUCUGACAUGUGGUGCCAGUAACAUGAUUGGAGGUUUUUCUGUUGUGCAGAAAACUGCUAGUUAUACACACACCUCUACUUCAUCUAGGUUUUUAGCCUACAUGUGUUAUAUUCAUAGAUAAAAUAUUAUUUUUAUUUAACAACAGUCAAAGCCAUAUAAAAGGUAAGAUUUUAAAAUAUUACAGGUUGAACAUUUGGUUAAUGCUUAAGAUGGUAGUGGAAUACAGGUUCCCAUACUGGAGUUCGUACUUCAAGUCCUGGCUUAACUCUGAACUCCAGCUCCCUGCUAAUGUACACUUUAGGAGGGAGUAGGUGAGCUCUCAAGUAGUUGUGUUCCUGUCAUUCACAUGGGAGACCCAAUUGAGCUCAUUUCUCCGGACCUGGAACUGGCCCAGCUACAGCUAUUCUAGACAUGUUGGAAGGGGGUGAAGCAGUGGAUAAAAUCUCUCUCACUGUUAUGGCAGAUACACACAAUGGAAUUUUAUUCCAUUAUAAAAGAAAUGAAAUUCUACCAUUUGGUACAAAAUGGAUGCAACUGGAGGACAUCGUGUUAGUUAAAUAACCUGAACACAGAAAAACAAAUGCUGAAUUUUAUCCUUCAUAUGUGGGAGAUAAAAUUAAAAAGCAAAGAAAACCACAGAACAAAAAUGGAAAAAAUACUUGGAUGCAACAGUGUUGAUGUAAAUGCAAUUGUGUCAAUCUUUGUUUCAUACAUUUGUCAGACCAGUGGUUGAGAAUGUUAUAUUACCAAUUUUUGAUGAUCUGUGACUAAUCUGACAUUUACUGUUUAUGGGUAAAAUGUUCAUAUUUCCAUUCAAUUACUGUUAAUAACCUUAGCCUCUUUUCCUGCUGAUCUAGGAUCUCUUUGCUUUUUACUUGUUUAACUUUAUUUUGGAAGAGCGAAGUCAUUUAUUUAUUUAUUUAUUUUUGACAGGCAGAGUGGACAGUGAGAGAGAGAGACAGAGAGAAACAUCUUCCUUUGCCGUUGGUUCACCCUCCAAUGGCCGCCUUGGCCGGCGUGCUGCGGCCGGUGCACCACGCUGACCCGAUGGCAGGAGCCAGGAGCCAGGUGCUUUUCCUGGUCUCCCAUGGGGUGCAGGGCCCAAGCACCUGGGCCAUCCUCCACUGCACUCCCUGGCCACAGCAGAGAGCUGGCCUGGAAGAGGGGCAACUUGGACAGAAUCCGGCGCCCCAACCGGGACUAGAACCCGGUGUGCCGGCGCCUCUAGGCGGAGGAUUAGCCUAGUGAGCCGUGGCGCUGGCUGCGAAGUCCUUUAAAAUGUAAAUUAAAAAAAUGUUAUCUCAAAAACGGAAGAAAGAAAGAAGAGAGGAUAGGAGGGAGGAAGGGGUAAAGGGAAUAUGAUUAUAUUUUUAGAAUUGUAUCCAUGAACUAUACAGAAUAUUUUAAAAAUUACACAUCAAAAUAUAAAUAAUUUACUAAACCAAAAAGUAGUUUCACUUCAAAAAGUCCAAUUUAUAAAGCCAGAAUAUGCUUAAUGUAAUAAUGUUCUCCGUUAUGCAGCUGUGACCCGGCAAGAUAUCUCACUGAGGCCUGAUGAGGGAAUAGAGAAGCUGGUGAUGUGGGAUGCAGGGAACAGAACUGUGGUCCAGGAGUUCAUCCUGGAGGGCUUCCCUGCUGUCCAGCACCUGGGGAAAAUACUGUUCCUGGUGCACCUGCUGGCAUACCUGGCCUCCAUCAUGGGAAACACACUCAUCAUCAGCAUCAUCUGGGCUGACCAUCACCUCCACACACCCAUGUACUUUUUCCUCGGCACUUUCUCCGUUAUGGAAAACCUCUUCAUAACCACGGUGAUUCCUAAACUGCUGGCCAUCUUCCUGUCGGGGAGGCAAGUGAUUUCCUUUGCUGCUUGCUUCAUGCAAACUUUUUUCUUUUUUUUCCUGGGGUCGACGGCAUUCUUCGUUAUGGGAGUGUUGUCUCUGGAUCGGUACCUGGCCAUUUGCAGACCUCUGCAUUACUCCAGCAUCAUGAGACCCAGGGUGUGCUCCCUCCUGGUCACUGCCUGCUUCACUUUGGGAUUUGUCUUCGCAGUGGCUCCAAUUGUCCGUCUUUCCCAGUUGUCCUUCUGUGGCCCCAAUGUCAUCCCCCACUUCUUCUGUGAUUUUGGGCCUUUGGCUAAGCUUUCCUGUUCUGACAGUAGAUCUACUGAAACACUGUUCUUCAGUGUUGCAUUUGUGGUUGUUUCAAUACCCCUCCUUGUAACCAUCAUAUCAUACAGUAACAUCGUAGUCACCAUCGUGAGGCUCCCAUCAGCCAAGGAGCGACAGAAAGCUUUCUCCACCUGCUCGUCUCACCUCAUCGUCCUCUCUCUCAUGUACAGCAGCUGUCUUUUCAUCUAUGUGAAGCCAAAGCAGACGAGCAGGGUGGACUUCAACAGACAGGCUGCUCUGGUGAACACGGUGCUGACCCCAGUGCUGAACCCUGUCAUCUACACCCUGCGCAACAAGCAGGUGCACCAGGCUCUCAGGGGUGCCCUGUGCAGGGGGAAGUAGAACCACAGCUCCUCAGUGGAGGGUGCAGCUUCUCCUAGAUUGAAUCCAGAAUUUGCUCCAUGUACCCAAUCUUUUAUACACUUGUAAAUAUUGUAAGCGUUAACUAACAUCUUUCAUGUUUGAUUGUUUAUCUUAAAAUAGGGGCUGACCUAUUAAUUCUUUCUGAAACUCUGCAUGUCUCUCUUAUAUUGUGACAACAAUAUUGUCCAUCAUCUUGUUUUCAUUUGUUGUAAAACAUUAAGAUAACUGAUUUAAUUAAGACCCUUUAAUACAUGUAUCUAUUUGAUGCAAGUGGGAUCAAAGAGCUGGUAAGCUAUGGUUUCGUGUAUAUAUUUGUGGUAGUUGUAAGGAAGUAGAGAAUAAAAUUCCUGGGUAUUAGGAAUAUCAAUUCAUCCAAGGAUAGGUGACCAGGAUCAUGAUACUGAAUAGUGAAUACCACCACAUGCACACACGCAGACACACACACAUUGACAUCUGACUGUCCUUCAAUCUGUAAACUCAUUGAAGAGUCUCAAUACAAUUGUUUUUAGUGUUCUGUUUAUAAAAUGAAUAUUAAUUAUGUAAUUAUGUUUAUAUAUACAAUCUUUAUAAUUCUAGUUUUCCCUAUGAAGAAAUCACAUAAAUGCCUCUGGAUGAAAUAAGGUCAUUGUUGACUUCACUGGUUUGCCAGGUUGGUUUUACAAGCAAAGCACUGAAACUGAAUUGCCUCAAGUAAAGAUGUAUCGCGAAUUAUGGGGUAAGGAACUGGAUAAUUAAGAUUGUUUCCUUUCAUACAAAAAUUUUUUAAUAUUGGGGAAAUCUAAUCAGAGGUGGAAGAAGUCUGCCUGUGGCUGUGACGCUGUCCAAAUGCACAUAUGAAUAAGUGUGUCAGUUGUGUAGUAAGAGGGCAGGUGGUGGUCACCUUUAGGCAUCAUCUUAGUACCACUGUGAGCGACAGUACUGAUGCUUUCUGUGACAUGAUUCUUUUAAAAAAGUGUGACUUGAGCAUGGCACAGGGAGGAUGCUGAAAUGAUUUAUUAGUAUAAUGAAUGUUACAAUUGUAACUUAUUUACUCAAGGCUUUGAUCAGAAAUGAUAGAUUAGAGGCAAAACCCAGCAUCUACAGUUGGUAUGUUACAGUUGUUGAAUGACAUUGGUCAUGUGUAUCCUUGGUCAUAUUAUUCAGUGAUUGUGAGGAUAAUAAAUGGCUUGAUGAAAAGAUUUUAGGGAGCUAGUCACAAUUUGAACACAAUAUUUGACUCAACUUUCAAUGCAGUUUUGUUUACUACUUUUCUAUAAAUUUUUCAUGUAACUCUUGUUAAGGCUACUUUCCUUUUACCCACAUGUGGUGAAUUUAUUGUUUUAAUAAUAAUGUUUACACAUACUGACAAAUGAGUUUAAUUUUCAUUGAUUUUUUGAUAUCUAAAACUUGAAAAUAUUAUUGGUCAUCUUUGGUGACCUACUUUAAAAUAAGUGGAAUAAAUAUACAAGGUUUUCAUCUGACUUUUUCACCAUAAAUGAAGUACAUAGUUUAAAAACUACAUUGUUGGUAAUUAACACCAUUUACUUACCAAAAUUAGGUACACUGUAGGUGUACUUUAAUUUGUCCAUUGAUUCGUUGGUGGGCAUUUGAACUAUUUCCAGGUUUCUUAUUGUGAAUAGAAUUGCUGUGCAUAUGUAUGGAUAUGUAUUUGAGUUCCUGUUUUCAAUUCUUUUGUGCAUAAUCUAGGACAGGAAUCAUGGGGCAGUGGAAGUGGGAAGGGGCAAACUGCACUAGCAGCGAUGGGGCUCCUUUUGGGGGUAAGAUGUUUGGAAUUAGACUCAAGUGGUGAUUGUAAACACUCUUGAAUGUACUACCUGCCAAUGCACUACACAAUAUAAAGGAUUAAUUUUGAAUAAUUAAUUAAUUAUUAACAUCAAUAAAACUACAUAUUCUGGAUAUUUUAUAUCUUCUUGAUUUUUUUUCUAUAAAGAAAAACAAUAGUCCUACUUGACCAGCAAGGCAGAGUAGAAGACAUUCAUCUUCAUCUUCUCACCCAAUUCUCCUUUAUAUACGAGGAUCCAAAACCAAAACAGCCCUGAGAACGGUUCAGGGCCCACUGAAGAAUCUAAAGACACUCACAGGCCCAAAUCAUAGGGGAAGUGCAUUAUAAUGGAUCACUGUGGACUGGUAUCAGAUGUGCAGGAAAUUGGCUGGACAGAGAGUCAGAAGCUGAGGCUGUCAGUAUCCAUCACCUGGAAGGAAUGCUUGGUCCUGGUGGCCUGCACUGUAGAAGACCCUGGCGUCUUUAGUCACAAAGGGAACCAAGAGGCAUUCUUGUUGGGGAUGCCCAGCGAUAGAAAGACUGAUGCACACACCCACCCCAGAAGAAGCAGCCAUUGUUGUAUAACUCUGGGACAGGAAUUGUCUCGUACUCCACACUGUGGUUGCCCCAGACCCUGGGUCUUGGCUGGCUUCUCCAUGCAUGCUCCUGCUCCAGACACAGGCUCGCUUACUAAACUGCACUGGUCAUGUCUCUGGACAAUGGAGCUAUUGUCACACCCUCAGCCCCAGAGACAAAGUGUCUCUGUACACUCCCACACUUAGACUGACACUGACAACUCAUGCAUCCCCUGGUCAUGAUCAAUGGCUGUGCUGCACGCACCCAUACCUCAGACUCUGGAGUCACCCCCACAGUAGGUACCUUGUAGCCUGGACUCUGGACCAAGCUGGCUCAUCUGCAAUGGAGAACUAGGCUCCGCCUGUGACAGAGGCAGUGCAGCACUGCACAACCCAUGCUUGCAGCCUGCUGCCGCCUGAUUAUUGCAUGCCUUUACUACUUGGAAGUGUGUAUAGCUCUGCCCUGGGUGUUGGUCCCUAAGAACCCAGGCAUGUGUUGUGAAUACCAAUAUCAGCAGGCAGAGCUGUUUAGGCUACACGGCUUACGUCCCUGCGUGGGAUGCCAGCAUCUCUGGUGAGUGUCCAGGCUGAGUCCCAGCUUUGGUUCUGACUCUGCUUCCUGAGGGGCAGAAGACAGCAGGUGAUGGCUUAGUGUCCCCGUCACCCACGUGGGGUGCCUGGACUGAGUUCUUCUCCGAUUGUCAACCUCUCCUUGCCUCAGCUGCUUGAGCUUUUGAGGGUUUACCAGUGGGUGGAUAAACAAUUUGAGCCAUCCUCUGCUGCUUUCCCCAGGUCAUCCACAGGGAGAUGGCCUGGAAAUGGAGUAGCCAGGACAGGAACCAGUGCCCAUGUGGCAUACCAUUGCAGGCAGUGGCUUUACACUCUUCACCAAAAUGACCUCUCCCAGAGGACGUUUUAUAGUGAGAAAUAUUUGUAUCAAAAGAAAAGACAAAAACCAAAUAAAAGGAUGAACAUUAUUUCCCAAGGAAAUAGAAAAAGAAGACUAAACCAAGCUCAAAAUUAUUCAAAGAAAGGAAAUGACAAAUGUCAGAGCGAAAACAGGUGAGAGCUUGGAAAAUGAGAGGUGGGAAAAAAUAACAGAAAAUGUCCACAAAACUGAUUAGUAGUAUGAAAUGAUGAAAAAUCAAUAAAAUUUAGAUGGACAAUAAACACAGAGAGAAGGUUCUCAUAAAUAAAAGUAUAAUUUAAAAAGGAAUGAAAAUAAGUGAUUCCAACAUUGCAAAGUAAAAUCAUAGGUUACUGUGAACAAUUUUUCACCAUAAAUGGAUAUUCUAGAAGAAAUGGACAAACUCCUAGACAUAUAUAACCCACUCUGCUAAAUCUGAAGAAAUAAAAUUAUGAAUGAUCCUAUGUUAGUAUAAGAUUGAGGCAGUCUGUGAUCAAAGACCUCUCAAUGAGGUGCAGUGGGACCUGUGGCUUUACUGGUGAAUUGUACCAAUCAUUUGUGCUCAAAGAACAAUUAAUAACAACUCCUCUCAAGCUCUUCCAAAAAGUAAUAAAUGGUGUAGUAAGACUUCUGAAUCCAUUCUGCAAGGCCAGCAUUACCUUGAUAUCAAACCAGAUAAGAACAGCACAAAAUUAAAUGAUAGGUCCAUAUCCACACUGGACAUGGUAUAAAUUUCUGAAGAAAAUUCUUAGUAAACUAAGUUCAUCAGCACAUUAAAGGGUCAUUUACCAAGAUCAAGCAGGUUUCACUCCAAGAUAUUUCACAUGCACAAAUCAGUACUUGUGACAUACCACAUUAACAAAGAUCAGAUGAUCAUCUCACUAGCUAUAGAAAAAUAUGUUGGUAAAAUUCAAAAUAUAUACAUAAUAAAAAAUCUCAACCAACUGCCUGGAAAAAAUGUACCUCAGUAUGCCUGUUAGUAUUUUUUGAUGGCGAACACUCCUGGGCUUUUCCAAAUGUAGAUGGAUAAUUGAUGAUCUAAGAACUGAUGACCCCUCUCUCCCUUCACAUAUGUAAAUCAGUUUGCUAUGAAGGUGAAAUGUUUUAUUUUUUUUCACCCAUGAAGGAUGUAUAAGUCCUGAUACAAUGCAAGCAGUGACAUCAGAAAAGGCCAGUUUUAACAAUAUCUUGUUCUCAUAUUUCAACAUGUACCCAGUUAUAAGAAAAUCAUCCAGGCCGGCGCCGCGGCUCACUAGGCUAAUCCUCCGCCUUGCGGCGCCGGCACACCGGGUUCUAGUCCCGGUAGGGGCGCCAGAUUCUGUCCUGGUUGCCCCUCUUCCAGACCAGCUCUCUGCUGUGGCCAGGGAGUGCAGUGGAGGAUGGCCCAAGUGCUUGGGCCCUGCACCCCAUGGGAGACCAGGAGAAGCACCUGGCUCUUGCCUUCGGAUCAGCGUGGUACACCGGCUGCAGCGUGCCAGCCGCAGUUGCCAUUGCAGGGUGAACCAACAGCAAAGGAAGACCUUUCUCUCUGUCUCUCUCUCUCACUGUCCACUCUGCCUGUCAAAAAAAAUUGAAUAAAUAAAUAAAUAAAUAAAUCAUCUAAUUGAUUGACAGAGUAACUAAUGCAGGUGAGGAUGUGGAGAAGGGGGAAUGCUUACACACUCACUCUUGGUGGGAAUGUAAAUUAGUACAUCCACUGUGGAAAACAGAAUGGAGAUCAUUUUAAAAAGUUGAAAUAGACUUCCUGUAUGAUCCAGCAAUUCCACUACUGGGUAUGUGCACAAAAGACACCAAUAGGUUGUAUCAAAGAGAUACUUGCACCACAAUGUUUAUAGUAACAGUAUUCUCAGUAGUCAAAAUAUGGAAUCAACCAAGCUGUCCAUCAUCAGAUAAAUGAAUAAUGAAAAUAUAUAAAUGCAUACUCAAUAUUAUAUUAUUCAGCUAUAAAGAGAAUGGAAUUCUCUGUUUUGUAUCACAAUGGAUGCAACUAGAGGACAUCAUGUUAAAUCAGACACAAAAAUACAUUUUCCACAAGUUUUCCCUUAUAUGCGGGAGCUAAAAUUUAAAAAAAAAUAUAUAGAAAUCUGGAAAACAUCAUGCUGAGUGAAUUAAGCCAGUCCCAAAGGGACAAAUAUCAUAUGUUCUCCCUGAUCCGUGACAGCUAACCAAGCACCAUAAAGGAAACCUGUUGAAGUGAAAGGGAUACUAUGAGAAACAGUGACUUGAUCAGCCCUUGUCCUGACUGUUGAUGUACAAUUUAAUACUUUAUCCCUUUUAGUAUUUUUUGUUGUUGUACUUAAUACUAUUGCUUGGACUCUGUAAUUAACACACGAUUAUUCUUAGGUGUUUAAAUUUAACUGAAAAGUGAUCCCUGUUGAAUAUAAGAGUGGGAAUAAGAGAGGGAGGAGAUGUACAAUUUGGGACAUGCUCAAUUGGACUUGCCCCAAAUGGUGGAGAUUGAAAUGUGCCAGCGGAUUCCAAUACAAUCCCAUCAAGGUUGCAUGUACCAAUUCCAUCUCACUAGUCCCAGUGAUCAAUUUCAGUUCACAAUUGAUCAUAAUGAUAGGUCUAAGAGUCAAAGGGAUCACACAAACAAGACUAGGGUCUGCUAAUACUAACUGAUAGAAUAAAAAAUGGAGAGAAAGAUCCAACAUGGGAAGUGGGAUACACAGAAGACUCAUAGAAUGGCAGAUGUCCUAAACAGCACUCUGGCCUUGGAAUCAGCCCUUAAGGCAUUUGGAUCUGGCUGAAGAGCCCAUGAGAGUAUUUUAGGCAUGGAAAGCCAAGACUCUCUGGCAAAAAAAAAAAAAAAAAAAAAAAAAAACCA